AUGAUGAUGAAUCAUGGCGUCGAUCAGCCCGUGUUUCAUCACGGGCAUAUGGAGGAAGAGAUGCUUAUGGAAGAACAUGACUACGGAUCGUUCCACAUGCCGAUGCAUUACACAGAGGAGGACGAGCUUGCUGAUGGAAUGAUUCCACCAAGAGCAGUUCACCAAUGCAACGUUUGCAACAAAAUUUUUGUGUCUUUCAAAGGUUUACAACAACAUGCCGUGAUACAUACGGACCAAAAGCCAUAUCAAUGCGAUAUAUGUGCCAAAUCUUUUCGUUUCAAAUCUAACCUUUUUGAACAUCGCUCUGUGCAUACGGGUUUCACGCCUCACGCUUGCCCUUACUGCGGAAAAACCUGCAGGUUAAAAGGAAACCUUAAGAAACAUUUGAGGACGCAUGUCACUACAAAAGAGGAACUUGAAGCUGCUUGGCGACCAUUUGCAAGCAAUCGGAGGCCGCCGGCUGAUAUACCAGAAGACGCAAUAAUAGUUCGAGGAACAGGUGGCCCAUAUUAUACUCCAGUUCCUAGACCACGAAAGAAGAAGUUAGGUCUUGGUCCUGCUCCCGACUUUUGGGUUGAACGGAUAAAACGAGGAGAAAUUUUACCUGAGAUGGAUAUUGUUGAGAAAAUACGGAGAUUUGAGGACAACAUAUUCAACACAAUAUCAACAGCGAACAAUGUAUUUGAAGCUGCACGAUCUAUAGCCUUUGAAACGUUUGAGUGUCCGGUGUGUAAAGCGAAUUUCUUGUCGAUUCAUGACUGUAUGGCGCAUUACAAAUUUGACCAUGUCAAUUUACCGCCCGAAGAUCUUUUCUGCGAGAAGUGUUUCCGUGGAUUCGCCGACCUCCCAAGUUUACAACAACAUAAAAGUUAUCAUGUUCGUGUUCGGAAUAUGUUGAACAGAGGAGUAGUUUCGACUGCUGAACCUCAAAUACUUAUACCAACUCAGGAGGAGAUUACUAACGUUUUGAACGAUCCGAUGAUACAUGAACCACAAUCACAAUAUUUGCUUAUGGAUCCAAUGAAAUACUCAAUAGAACCGAUCUUACUGAAAAUGGGUCUCAAAAAUUGUGAUUCAUCUUCUUCAACGCUAUCCUACGCUGUUAUUCUCUCGGGAUGCUCGUUUCUUCUCAUGAUCACCUCAAUUCCAAUAAUUUUUCUAACCAUAACAGGAAUGGCUGGCGAGUUGGAAGUGGCGCGUAAUAGGUUUGAAGAAACUUCGAACUCACUUUGGAAAGAACUUGUUGUCAAUGAACAACAAAAACGUGUAACGAGACAAUCAUACAAAGAAGGAGAAGGUCCAUAUGGUGAUGUAGCUGGAGCUGGAUCAGUUGAUAGUUCGUGCCCAGCGGGGCCAAAAGGACAACCUGGAACACCGGGUGAACCGGGAAAAGAUGGAGAGAAUGGAGAACCAGGAAAAGAUGGAACACCCGGAAACAAUCAAGCAGGCGAUUCGGCACCACAAAAUUUGUGCACGCCCUGUCCUCCCGGCCCGCCUGGUGUUGCGGGAUACAAAGGAAAACGUGGCCCGCGUGGAGAGAAAGGCGAGAAAGGACCGAACGGUAAUCCAGGAAGAGACGGUGCUCCAGGCGACGAGGGACCAGAAGGAGAUCAUGGACAUCCAGGAGCAAUGGGACCGCCAGGAGAAAAAGGACCUGCUGGAGCCGAUGGAAAAGGAUUCAUUAAAGGUCCACCAGGACCAAAAGGAGAACCAGGAAUGGUUGGAUUGCCAGGAGAUGAAGGUCUUCCAGGAGAUCGUGGAGAAGACGGAACUCCGGGAUCGCGAGGAGAGCCAGGACCACAAGGCACUCCAGGAGAAAAAGGUCCUGAUGGAUUCCCCGGAUUGCCUGGAAACCCAGGAACAUAUGGAAAUGACGCCAACUAUUGUCCAUGCCCAUCCAGAAAGGGUGAUGCUGUUGCUGACGUUAAAGGGAAUGGUGGAUAUCCAGAGAAUGAAGCUGACGUUAAAGGUGAAGGUGGCUACCCAGAAAAGGUCGGAUAUGCUGAAAAGACUCAAAGUGAAUUUGAAGGAGCAGCCGCCGGUGACGGCGAAAUCCCACCACCGCCAAGUUUUGACGGCGUCUCUGCUCCUGCCUAUCCAACUUCGAAUCGAGCUCGCUUUCAGGCGAAGCAGCGUGCAGCGGCUAAUAUCCAGCGAGCUUAA